AUGUUGGCCUUAUUGUCCCACGCCAUACUCGCCCUCCUCGUACUCACCGCCAUUGCGGUGCUGCUGCCUCAACUGCCUAGAGGCCUUCUGGCACUCAUUUUCCGUGGAGUGGGCUGGCUGAUUCGGAGACGCACUCGUUCUCGAAGGGAAUACGUGAUCGCGCGGGCGCGAUCGGAGGAGGAGGAAUGUCGGGCCUCGCGGGCGAAGAACUCGGCGUCGCGCAGCCAGGUCGAAGACGAAGAAGAUUGGGAGAAAGUGGAUACCGGGGAGCGGCCUUCGAGCAGUAGCGAUAGUGGUGCUACUGGGAUGGAGGAAGGGAAGAAAGACGACUGGGACGGUGUUGUCGGCUUCUUCCAUCCUUUCUGGUAUGUUACGUUCUUUGGGAGCUAUGAUGCACCACAAAAGACUGACGGUGAACGAUAUAGUAAUGCUGGCGGAGGUGGCGAGCGGGUGCUGUGGGAAGCAGUGCGCGCGACACAGAGGCGCUGGCCAAAGGCCAUCUGCGCCAUCUACACGGGCGACCACGAGGUCAACAAGACAACGAUGCUGGAGCGGGUGGAGAAUCGAUUCAACAUCAAGCUGCACGCGCCGACAGUGGUGCUGCUAUACCUGACGACGCGCAAGUACGUUGUCGCCAGCUCAUAUCCGUACAUGACGCUGCUGGGCCAGUCGUUGGGAUCACUGGUCGUAGGCUACGACGCUUUCACGCUGUUAGUGCCGGAUAUCUUUAUUGACACCAUGGGCUUCGCUUUUACUCUGGCUCUGUGCAAAUGGCUUUUCCCCUCGGUCCCGACUGGCGCCUAUGUUCACUAUCCUACCAUCUCAACAGAUAUGAUCGCUUCCCUCGAUGACAAGACCGGAGUCCAGGGGGUCAAUUCUGGAGCAGGCACGGGAAGCAAGGGAGCAAUCAAGCGGCGGUAUUGGGAGAUUUUUGCGCAGCUGUACGGCUGGGUCGGGCGCCACGUUGACGUCGUCAUGUGCAACUCGUCCUGGACCGCGGCGCAUAUUCGCAAACUCUGGGGCAAUAGCAAGAGCAGUGGUGCAAACAACACCGACGGAGCGGGAACAGCAUUCUCGCCGGCGGUGGUAUUCCCACCAACCGGCGUGGCCGAGCUAGAAUCGAGCAUCACAGUCGACGCGGAAAGCGAGAAUACCCGUCAACCGGUACUCCUGUACAUCGCGCAAUUCCGGCCCGAGAAGAACCAUCCGCUCGUCCUGCGUUCCUUCGCACGGUUCAUCCACGGCCGAGCAAAUAACCCAGAAUACGCAGGCUAUCCGCCUGCACGUCUGGUGCUGAUCGGCUCCGUGCGCCAAUCCAGCCCCGACGAAACCCACAUCUACAACCUGCGGCUUUUGGCCCACGAACUUAAGAUACGCGACCACACCACCUUCCUCUGCGACGCCAGCUGGCCCGCCGUGCUCUCGCACCUCGGCACCGCCUCAGUCGGCGUCAACGCCAUGUGGAACGAACACUUCGGCAUCUGUGUUGUCGAGUACCAGGCCGCGGGGCUCAUCUGCGUGACGCAUAACUCCGGCGGACCGCGGGAGGACAUCGUCGUCGAUCUCGGCGACGGGGCGACGGGCUUCCAUGCUGAAACGGAGGAGCAGUUCGCCGCUGCUUAUGAGGCGGCUCUUUCGCUUCCACAGUCGGAAAAAGUCGCUAUGCGGCAGCGGGCUCGCCGUUCGGCCCGCAGGUUCACGGAGGAAGAGUUCUCGCGCAAAUGGUUGAAUCAGAUGCAGAAGCUUGUUGAUGCAUCAAGGUAG